AUGACGCGUGGGCGCCGGCUGUCCCGUUAUUCACAAGGCAUGGCGUCACAACUUAUCGCAUUAAUAUUGUGGCUAUGUGGAAAUGUAUUUGGACUUCGAGAAAUUCAUAUUACAGUCCCGGAGGCCGUUGGAGUUGGUUCCAAUGCAAUAUUAGGGUGUCGCUGGGCUUUGGACACUGGAGAAGCUCUAUAUACUGUUAAAUGGUACCAUGGUGCCCAAGAAUUUUUUCGUUUUGUGCCAAAGGAAUUGCCUAACACAAGAGUCUUUUCACAAACUGGCAUUAAUGUUGAUGUUUCUCGAUCCGGUGCACAACAAGUGGUGCUUCGAGAAGCGACGAGGGGACUUAGCGGUCGCUAUCGAUGCGAGGUGUCAGCCGACGCACCGUUCUUCCACACAGUCUACAAAAGCGCAUUUAUGCGUGUAAUCGAUCUACCCUUAUCAGAACCGAAAGUACGAGCACAAAAGGGCUGGUAUUCGGUUGGAGAUAUGCUACGAGCUAAUUGCACUUCACCUCCCGCUGAUCCACCGGCCAAUCUUACCUGGCUCAUCAACGGCUAUGAGGUGAAAGGACUCAAUAUUCCAGUCAUCGACUCAUAUUAUGAGAGAAGAAAACCUACAAUAAGUGAUGCCUCACUUGAAGACGCGAACAGAAUUAUAUUCAGUCCUCAACUUGUAAUAAGAGUGCAACAUUCUCAUUUCCAAAAGGGUCGAUUAAACGUUACGUGCGUAGCACGUGUACUAUCUGUGUGGUCUGCAAGUGGAAUACUCCUUUUAGACGAGGAAAAACCUCAAAUUGCGCCAGUUAUGGGAAGCCGUGACUCCAGUUCUGGAGGGCGACGACUUACAACAGUGACAAACGUGGGAGUCUUUUCUUUGUGCAACUUCGUAUUGCUCAGACAAUGGUCAAUUCGAUGA